AUGACAGAUACAACACAUAACGACGAUAUAGACACAACAGCACUCUUUGCAGAAAUCGAAAAAGAAAAGCUUGGAGACUAUGAGACUUGCAGUGCCUCUGAAACUUUUGACGCUGCUUUUCAAUGUUACACUCUCGGUGCACAGGCAAUCAAUUACUAUCGUUAUGGUUCAAAGAAAGAUUGUGCAGGCAAAUGGGAAGAUUUCAAAUUUUGCUUAAAGACAAAGACAAAAUCAUCUGAAUUAGCCGAUGCCAUGCUUAGAGAACGCAAGGCGAAUAAGGAAGCAGCAAGAAUGAGAGGACGUAACUCAGAGGAAGUUUGGGAAGCUAGAUAG